AUGUACGUGGCUCUCUGGUACAAAUACGGGAAGCCGAUCCACGGACGAGCAUGGAAUAACAACGGCGGUGUGGAGUGUUCAUUUCCAUACAAGAAAGCAGAACUCACCACAAAACGUGAACUCGAAGGGCACAUUCAAAUUCUCACAUAUAAGGGCAACUACAAGACACUAGGAUACUGGUAUGAAUGGCUGCCACUGAAAUCCCGAUUCGACGACACUACAGAUCGUGAACUUGUAAAGUGUGGGCAGUCAACGCCUAUUCUGAUGACAUGCGCCGACAAGGAGAAACGUCUUGGAUAUCUCGACUUGAGCACAGAAGUCGCUAUGGUCGCCUACAAUAAAAAAGUGGAGCAAAUAGCUGGCGGAGCCACGCAAGAGUGCCUCGGAAUCUUCCGGAAUUACAAACCACCACCAAAUGUGAUCGUUGAAGACGAUCAAUGGGAAGAUACCAAAUGGGGAAACGAGUUCCCGAAAAACGUUGAACCG